AUGAGCUCCCUGCUGGGAAUUUCCUCAUGUCUUCGCUGUUUUUUUCCCAUUUUUCACGUUUUUCCCAUUUUUUCACCUAUUUUUUCCCUUUUUACCCCAUUUUUUUCCCAUUUUUUCAUCUUUUUUCCCUUUUUUUCCCGAACUCCCCAUUUUUUCCCCCAUUUCCCAGCCCUAAAGCUGAUGAGCUCCCUGCUGGGAAUUUCUGCCCUGGUUUUUCCCAUUUUUAACCCUUUUUUCCCCCAUUUUUUCACCUAUUUUUCCCAUUUUUUAACCUUUUCACCCUUUUUUCCCAUUUUCCCCAUUUUCCCCCCCAAUUUUCCAGCACUGAAGCUGAUGAGCUCCCUGGUGGAGGUGGUGCUGGGGGUGGGGCAGCAGCAGGAGAAUUUUCAGCGCCAGUUUGGGGCAGAAAAGCGAAAAAAGCCCGGCCGGAGGGGCAGCGAGCGCCUCGAGGGACUCAGGGACAGACAGCUGCAGCUGAGGGAGCAGCAGGAGGACCUGGAGCUGCUGAUGAACACCAUCUUCAAGGGCAUCUUCGUGCAUCGAUACCGGGACGUGGCGCCCGAGAUCCGCGGGAUCUGCAUGGAGGAGCUCGGGGUGUGGGUGAGGAAACUCCCCAGCUCCUUCCUCUCUGGCAGCCACCUAAAGUACCUGGGAUGGACCCUGCACGACGAGCAUGGGGAGGUUCGGCUGCGCUGCGUGAGGGCCCUGCAGGGAAUUUAUGGAAACCCCUGGGGCCCCCCUGCUCAAGAGAGCCCAGAGCCUCAGCAGAGCCUGAUGGAUGAAGAAGAGGAGGAGAUCCCAAAGUGCUCCAAAAGAUGCCUGAAGAAGGCCUGGAGCUUUUUUGACACCUCCAGCUCCGACUUCAAGACUAUCUGAAGCCAGAAUUCCAAAUUUCCCUUGGAGUUUUUUCCCAUUUUUUGAAGUUUCCAGCCCAAAAUUUCUCAUUUUUUUCCCAGUUCAAAUUCCAAAACCGUGCUUUUUGGGCCAUUUUGGGGGGAAUUUUUGGGAUUUAUGCCAAAUAUUUUGUGUUUCCCACUCCUUUAUCUCCUUCCAGAUUUUCUGGGAAUGGAAAUCCCAAAUUUCCUCCAAGUUUUUCCCAUUUUUUUGCCCUUUUCAUCCCAAAAUCCAGUUACAAAUUGAGCAUUUUCAAACAUUGUUUUGGGAAUUGUUGGGAUUUAUACCAAAUAUUUUGUGUUUCCCACCCUUUAUCUCCUUCCAAACUUUCUGGCAAUGGAAUCCCAAAAUUCCUCCCCAGAUUUUUCCCAUUUUUUGCCAUUUUCACCCCAAAUUCCCCCAGUAAAAAACUGCAGCAACUCCUUCG